AAGAAGCAUGUACGCUCCGGCAGCCGAGACGGGAGUGACCGUGGUAGAGAAGGAUCCGGCUCUGACCAGUGCGUACUCCCCUGUGGACUACAUGAGCAUCACCAGCUUCCCCAGACUCCCGGAAGAUGAUGCCUCCGCCGACAACGCCUUCAAAUCGCGCAAAGACGACGAUAACUUCCUCAGUGAGCAGGACACGGAGCCGGAUCUGUUCCUGAACUCGGCCCGGCUGCAGCGGCUGCCCUCCUCCGCCUCGGACCUGGCCCGGCACGACAUCUCUCCCCUGAGAGAGACCACCAGAGACCCGCUGGCGCAGGAGUGCGCGUGCACACGGGACGGCCUGACCGUCAUCAUCACUGCCUGCCUGACCUUCGCCACCGGGGUCACCGUGGCCCUCAUCAUGCAGAUCUACUUCGGGGACCCACAGGUGUACAGUCAGGCCGCGGUGGUGUCUGAUGUGGCCCGCUGCACGUCUCUCGGCUUCGACGUCCUGGGCAAACACGGGUCCAGCGUGGACGCUGCCAUCGCCGCCUCCCUCUGCCUGGGCAUCAUCCACCCCCACGCCUCGGGCAUCGGCGGCGGUGGCGUGAUGCUCAUCCAUGACAUCCGGAAUAACGAGAGCCGGGUCAUUGACUUCCGUGAGAUGGCACCCUCUGGUAUUCACGAGGACAUGAUGAUAAAUGUUCAUCAAAGGUCGGGUCUGACCGUGGCUGUCCCAGGCAUGAUCAGUGGACUGCACCAGGCUCAUCAGCUGUAUGGAAGACUGUCGUGGAAAGACGUCAUCACUUCGGCUGCAGACGUGGCGAGGGAUGGAUUCAACGUUACGCACGAGCUGGCUGAUGCGUUGUCUAAAGUGAAGGAGCAGAAUGUGUCGGACGCUUUCAGAGAUCUGUUCCUGCCUAGCGGUCAGGCUCCACUCGCGGGACUCCUCGCUAAACGUCUGGAUCUAGCGGCCAUUUUGGACAAGAUUGCAGCCAAUGGAAUCUCAGAGUUCUACAGUGGGAAUCUGACUCAGGAAAUGACAUCAGUGGUUCAAGCUAAAGGAGGCGUGCUGACAGAGGAUGAUUUCAAAAACUACUCCACCAUCAUACAGAAGCCACUGCAAACUCUUUACCAGGGCCAGCGGGUGUUCGUUCCCCCGCCGCCGCACGCCGGAGCCGCCCUCCUCUCCGCGCUCAACAUCCUGGAGGGGUUCAACAUCACACGCCAGGUGUCCCGGGGACAGAUCUACCACUGGGUCGCCGAGGCGCUGAAGAUCGCUCUGUCCCAGGCCAGUGGACUGGGAGACCCCGUGUUGGACGACUCGGUUUCUGAGCUGGUGGCGCAGAUGCUCAGCAAAACCCAGGCUGCUGUUUUCCGGGAAAUGAUCAACGACUCGCAGGCGUCGGCCGCCGAGCACUACGUCCCGUCGUACGAGCUGCAGGAGGGCGCCGUGGCCAGCCAGCUCAUGAUCAUGGGCACCGAUGACCUGAUCGUGUCUGUUAUGAGCUCGCUAAACCGGCCGUUUGGGAGUCGCAUCGUGACGCCCUCUGGGAUCCUCCUCAACAGUCAGAUUCUGGACUUCUCCUGGCCCAAUAAAACCCACGGCUCUGCGGCCUUCAAUCAGCGUAACGCCGUCGAGCCGGGCAAGCGUCCCGCCUCGUUCCUGAUGCCGGUGGUGGUGAGGCCGUCGGUGGGGGUGUGUGGGACCUACAUCGCCCUGGGCUCCUCGAACGCGGACCGCGCCGCCAGCGGCAUCGCUCAGGUGUUGAUCAAUGUCUUGUCAUCACGCAAAAACAUGAGUGACAGCGUGUCCUACGGGAGACUCCAUCCCCUCAUCCAGAACAACACCCUCCUGGUGGACUCGCUCUUCCUGCCGGCGGACGAGGCGUCUCUGACCCAGAAGGGCCACGUGGUGCAGAAGGUGGACAUCAUCUCGCUGGUGGAGGGAACCCGCAGGACCAACGACCUGAUCAUCGGCGUCAAGGACCCGCGCAGCAGCGACGCCUCCGCGCUGUCCAUGGCCAUGCCAUACGGGAGCUUGUAGAUAGACACGGGAUUGUACUGUCAUACUGGUUGUGCAUUAAAU